ACUAAUGUACCAGAUCUAUCAGAAUUCUACAGUUAAAUGUGUGCGAAAAUAUUAAUAGAAUGAAUGACCUUUUAGAAGUACGAGUUGCACCAAAAAAAAAAAAAAAAAUGCUAAGGCACCUCCACUUCAUAAAAAGAAAAGGAUUAAAACAUUAUUAUUGUGUGGAUUUUAUUAUAUGCCUUAAUCAUCAUUUAAAAGGUUCUUUAUAUAAUAGUAUUGUAGUAUUUUUUUUAGGAGGAUUAGAAGGGAUUUGAAUUGGGAAAUUUCAUAUUUUGGCCCUAAUAAAAUACUCCAUAUCAAAAUUUAGACUCCUUAAUUUUUUGAACAAAUUGAUUUCACUAAUUUAAAAAAGUUCCUAAAAUACCCCUAAAAUAAAAUUUUCACUCUCUCUCUGACUUUCCCUCUCUCUCUCUCUCUCUCUCUCUCUCUCUCUCUCUCUCUCUCUCUCUCUCUCUCUCUCUGAGUUUCCCUCUCUCUCGCUCAAAGACUUUCCCUCUCUCUCGCUCUCUUCACGAACCAGGCAGCUUGUCCAACGAACCCACGCCGUCGACCACGAAACCAACAAACCCACGCCGCCGUCGACCACGAAACCAACAAACCCACGAACCCAAACCCACGAACCAAACCCACGAACCCAACCCCACGAACCAAACCGUCUGUCGAUCUUCGACCCAAAACCGCCGUCGCCACCACGAGCAAAAAUUGCCGUCGCCACCACGAGCAGAAACCGUCGCCGACACCACCAAAUUCAGUCAAAGAUGGCUCCCAGACUCAUAAUUCCAGCACCCGAGCAUUUAACUGGCCGCGUGACAUAUAGAGGCACCGGAAUUUUUGCAAAAAUCAAAGCUCGGUUUGAGGAGUUCAAUCUGAAUAACACGGCGAAGGAAAGCCGUUUCGGCAGCUUUUGGAAUGCCGUACCCUUGACAUUCUCCUCGGUGUUAUUUCACCAGCUGAUGCUCCACAAAAUGAAAGUUGAUGCUCAGGAGGAGUUGAGGAUGCGGUUUUAUGUUGGUCGGAAGGAGGUCAGAUUCGGAGUGCUUGUGUUUGCACUCAUUAUAGGACUGGACUUCUCCUCGGGGCCAACAGAAGAGGAGAAGGCUACGCAGGUUGCUCGCUCAGGCUCAGACCGAUUGAUCAACAAAUAUUUCAAUCGGUCUGGUAGUGUGAAGAUAGAAGCACUCCAAGAUAGGUUCACAAACUGUCAGAACCUGGAAGACUUGUACAAGCUCGGCUUGUGCUUGUUUGUGGAGUCAGUGCUUCUGGGGCGCGAGGCUAACGCGCUGAUUACUCCUGACAUACUUAGAUAUGUCGAAGACCUCGAGUUCUUCUUCCGGAUUCCUUGGGGGAAGCACUCAUUUGCCAGACUCAUGCACUCGCUUCAAAAAGAUAUGUUGAAACAGAAGGCCAACUACGAGAAGAAGCUGAGUUCGGAUGUUCAGCACGAGUGCAAAUACACAGCAUAUGGCUUCGCACCUGCAGUACAAUAUUGGGCGUACGAGGCCAUUUUGGAGGUAGGGAAGAGGUAUGGCACGAAUCACGGGAUUCGGUUCCCCAGGAUGCUUAGCUGGACGAGCAAGGGUGAUAUUGGGAAGAAAGAAGUUAGCGCAUUAUUUUCUAGACGGAAUCUUGAAGUGGUGAAGGGGCUACUUCCACGGACAGAGGAGGAGGCAUUUGUGAGGACCAUAUCUUACGAUGGUGUGGAGAACCUGGUUGAUGAUGGUGUGGAUGACACAGAGGCUGAGGCAGGUAGUCAGGUACCAGAGACUCAGGUACUAGAGACUCAGGAAACAGACACUCAGGCCACUGGUUCAGAACCUCAGCCCAGUGCACCAUCUUCAUCAGGCGUUCGUGGUGCCGAGUACACUGAUUUAGUGGCGAGGUUGGAUAGGAUCGAGGCUGACACUCAGGGUCUGUAUGCUGCCCAUGUCGAGCUGAAGAAGGCAUACGAGACCAGCCAUGUAGAGCUGAAGGGUGGUCAAAACGUAAUUAUGGAGCAGCUCAGAGACAUAUUGGCCAUGUUGAAUCGUCCACCAACGACAGCUUCAGCACCGGAGGCCCCAGCAGAUCCAUCUACCCCACCACCAGCUGCAUCACCCCCAGUAGAAGAGGAGGAGGUCUUCCCUGACGGGUACGAUCCUUAUGAAAGAGCUCCAACGACUCCCAUCGAUACAGGUGUUAUCCAUGUACAUGACACCGAGUCGCAGGGUGAGAUUCUGUCGAUAGAGGCACAACCUACAGUGGUUAAGAGUCGGAAGAGGAAGAGAAAUCCUCCUGUAUGGUUCGGUGACUACACGGAGAUGAAGAGGAGACAUAGGCCAUCUUCGACGUUUGAUCCCCUGGAGCCACCGGAUGAGAAAUUGUUAGUUACUUUCCGAAAGUGGUGUGUUGGACUCAUUCCGAACCACCGACUUCGGGAUUUGAGAAGUGGUGAUUACGGUCCAUCAUUCUUUUGGAUACUGCUCACACCAAAGGAAUGACUUACAGAUGACCAUAUAGAUGCAGCAAUGCAUAUGCUGAGGAGGCGACGCACCGACUAUCCACGGACAUUUCCUCCGAAGGGUAUCAUUCUCUCCACAUUCGUGACCACCAUGAUCAGCAGUGCAUGGACGAACCACAGGGGUCCGAGGAGAAACUUUGUGUGGGAGGAUUAUAUCCUGGACUACUGCAGAGGGGUUCAUAAGGUAUUGUUUUAGUAAGAUUUUAAAUGUUGAACUAUGAUUAUAACUUCGAUUGUUAAUUGUUUGGGAGGAUUAUUAUGGUUUGUUAAUUGUUUCGUUGUUCUCCGUAAUUACAGUCCCAAGUCUUUUCGAGAUGGAUGGGUAACGAGUAUAUUUACUUCAUUCUGCAUCUUCCCGAGGCAAGGCACUGGGUCACACUUGAAGUUGACAUAGAGCUGUGGAAAAUUAAUGUCUACGACUGUGAUUCCAGCGUCUGUCAUUGGACCGCCAUGGAACCCAUCCUAAAGACUUGGGAAGAACUGCUGCCCUCGCUAAUCCUUGCAACCGGGGAAUUUCCACGUAACAACUAGAUCAUGGCGUUAACUAACAGGGACAUCAUGGUGCUUCCAAAAAUGCAUUCGACUCGAGCCACUCACGACUUAGUUCCGAAGGCAACAACCAGGUACAUAACGAUAAAAAAGUACUAUAGUAUUAAAAUAUGUUUUACGUUAGACUGACUUUACAUUUUAUUUUGCAUUUAAUGGUGAUUGUGACAUCUAUUGCAUUGAGUAUGUGGAGCAUCUCAUGAUGCAACGUGGAUUGACCGAUGUGAUGCCAGGCCGGAUAGUUAUGUUUCGUGAACGGUGGUGUGUUGAUUUAUUUUACCAAAAUGUCGGCUGAUUAUAUGUGUAAUUAUUGGGACAUUGUAUAUUUUGUGUAAUUAACAUUACACUUAUGUA